AACUACAUCCGGGAAACUCGGGCGACGCCGCGCUCGGUUAACGUCGGCUCUUUUCGGCUCUUUCCGACACGCUCCGUCCCCUCUGUCCCCUUUGCUCUCGGGCGACUCUGCUUUCGGAAAACAUCGGCUGCCUUCGCCGAGCCCAACGCCCUUCAGUCUCUGCCUUCGGCAAACAUCGGCUCGUUCCGUAACUCUCCUCCCUCCCUUCUCCUCCCACCGACCGGCCCGCCUCGGCCUUCCCUCCCGAACGCUACCUAGCUUCGGAAAACAUCGGUUAUUUCCGUAAGGAUGUUUUCGCUCUCCCGUCGGGGCGGCGCCGCGUUCGGAAUCGCUCGGGUGUUUCCGUGACCCCGCAGCCGUCGGCUGCAAGGCGCUGCCGGUUGAGCAGCCGUUGGCCGGGCGCGCCCGGCUGAUUGGCCGAGGGGAGUCCUCGCUGCCAGCUUCUUCGCUUUCCCGCGCCAGGCAGGGCCGAGGAGGAGUCGGUACGCGGCGGAACGCCGGCUUUCUCGGUGGGAGCCGCCGGAGCGGAAAGGCCAGGCAGGUGGCCUCAGGCGCUCUGAGCGAAGCCGAUGCCGGUCUCUCGGUUUGGGAGGGACAUGCCCUUCAUCAGAGGGCGAGGGGUUGCCGCAGCUGCUGAUGUUGAUUGCCGGACCUUCUGCUGUCAACGGAGUGAAGAAGGUGGUUGCUGAGAGGGGGCUUCGAGGAGGGGAGUGGAGGAUGACUCAGCAUGGAGCUGUUCUUCAGGGUUACAAUAAUGAACUAGUGGAAUUCAUGGAAGACUUACGUAUGCAAAAAGAAGAGCUGAACAAAGAAAUCCAGCAAGCAGAAGAGGAAAAAAAUAAACUCCAGCAUGAAAUCCAAGUCCUGAGCGAAAAACUGGAGUAUGUAUGUGAAAACCUGGCCCAAAAAGUAGCUUCACGGAAUGAGCUUGAUAAAAGUCUUGCUGAAAUUGAAGCUGCUUACAUGAAGAUUUUGGAUAGUUCUAGAAGUUUACUUAACGUCGUGAAGAAGCAAGUGGGGAGCUUGAAGUAUACACCAGAACUGAAAACCAAUGUAACAUGAAACAGUCAAAUGUUUAGACUCCACAGUGCUAAAAUUCUGCUAGGUGAGAAAUGUGGUUAGCCACAGAGCCAUACAACAACAGUGUAAGCAGACAGGGAUUUUCUUCCAACAUUUCUGUAUGUUUUACUAUUAUUUUUAAAUGCACUAGAAAAUAGAUUAAAUAAAGUUGAGGUAUUUUUGGCACUAAAAAAA